CACUUGUCGUCCAUCCCAGCAUCUUCUCUCCGCCAUCGCUCCCUCCCUUACCCCGUCACCACUACCACCCAUAUCCGCCACUAUCACCACUACCACCACCACCACAACGGCCAACAUGUCUUCGCAACCACAACCACAACCUGCCGCCAUCACUUCGCCCAUCCUUACCGUCACCGAACACACUGCCGACGGUCCCUCGCACUCCGACAUGGAAGAUCAUCACUCGUCCGCUUCUUCAUCCGCCAGCGACGACUGCUCCGACGGCUCAAGACUGCAGCGCCCGAAGCUGGGCAGCAGGAAAAGCAGUGGCACCAUCAUCAUCCCACGCGACAGCCCGCACGUCGAACUCAAGGAUGAAGACUACGACGAGACCGAUGCACGAACCAUGAGCCCGAGGAGAAGCAGCGAGGAGAUUGACCGGCUGGGUGAAGGCGCAAAGGAUGCUCUGCUUGAACAAUCAAAACAACUCCAGGCCAGUCUGCUCGAGAUUGUUGAGCGCGUCGAGUCGGUGCGAGCCGAGCAUGAGAAACUCGAGGGCGGGAACCGCUUCCUGCAGUCAUAUAUCGGCGAACUCAUGCAAACCAGCAAGCUGAUUGCUGCCGGUGCCUCGAAAAUGAAGGGCAAAGCCAAGUCGCGAGGCUGAUGCCAUUGACUCUUGUGAUUCCAUUCCAUCCAAUUCACUCACUCCCACUCGACUCUAUCCAAUCAUCAUCAUCAUCAUCCACCACGCUUCUUCUCACCGCAGUCGAAGAAGAUGUUCCAUCCGUCCUUGCAUAG